UUUGUGUCUUUUUUCUUUUUUUUUUGUAAUUUUGUGUCUUUUUUUGGUCAUUUUGAUACUGCCUCCAGUAAUUCGAGUUUGAGACCCCUGUAAUAGAGUAUAUAACCUUAAAAAAACACCAUAAAUCGCCUACAAGCUGCUAUGGGAUUAUUAAAGGACCAUUACAGAGACUUUAUCAUCAGGCUGAGCUCCGCAGCUACUUCGGCUCCAGUCGGGAGUACUCGGGUGUUGUCGGACUCACCCGGUGUGCCAGAGGGCAGAGCGAGCGCUGCGGCUCUCAGCGCCGGAGAGAAGCGCCAUUCAUGUGAGAGGACCGAGGGCUCACCUGGUCGGACCGAAGAGAGCACGUUAGCGACUCAAACAGCUCCAUACAGCACCCGGGUUAAUCACUUGAGGAAUGCGGUGCCAUUAGGACCGGAGCCGAGAGAGAACUUCAUAUCAACUUCACGCUCAUUUUCACAAACUUAUUAAAAAAAAGGGAGCAUGGCCACUGGCGGAUUUAAGCCAAACGCCACGACAGACUUUUUGGAGGAGUGGAAGGCAAAACGGGAGAAAAUGCGAGCCAAAAUGCUGGGGGAUAUAGCCGCAGCGACUGGUGCCCCCUUGGGUGCCAGCAACCCAAACAGCACCAGUAACAACAGUAACCGCCACGCCGCCCCACCGGGCACCGAGCUCACCAAUAACGGCAACCCUGACCGAAGCUCCUCCGCUGGGAACUGCCUCCCCUCCUCCUACGCGGUGGCUCGGUCCUCCUCCGGCUCGGCUUUAAAGAGACCCGAGGAGGAAGCGCACCACCCUGCUGCCCACCCUGCUUCGCCCACAACCGCCGCCGCCGCCUCCGCCACCACGCCGGGCAGCAACCUGAAGAAGGCCCCGCCUCAGACGGAGAAGCCUCCGUGCCCGUCCCCGGACUCCAGCCCCAUGGCUUGCAAUGACAGUGACCAGGGGAGCCCAUCACCCAGUAAGGUGAAGGAGAAGAACAGCUCUGGUCCCAGCGCCAGGAAGGGCAAAGGACAGAUUGAGAAGAGGAAGCUGAGGGAAAAGAGGAGAUCAACAGGUGUUGUCAGCAUACCAUCCAAUGAGAGCCUGGAUGAGCUGGACGAUGACGACGCAGGAGGGAAGGACCGGAGGGAGGAGGAGGAGCUGGUUCAGGCCAACACUUUCCAGAACGAGGCCAUGAUGGCUGACCCCGCCACCGGCCACAUAUUGGAAACCCCCAGAUCUGGGAGCGGCCGCCACAAGAGCUCCGCAGGGCCGGGCUCUGAAGAGGAGGCAGGUGGGAACAGCAGACAGAGACACAACCGCAGAGAUGGAGGAGCUGGAAGUUUGGAGAAGAGGUUGGAGGAGCUGGAGAAGGAGCUGGCCAGAGAGCGUCAGGAGAACGACAGGUUGCUGACGGCCCACCAGGACAAAGACGACCUCAUCGGGAAGCUGAAGGAGGAAAUUGACUUGCUGAACAGAGACCUGGAUGACAUUGAAGAUGAGAACGAGCAGCUCAAACAGGAGAACAAGACCCUGCUGAAGGUGGUGGGACAGCUGACGAGGUAGAACACAACAGAAAAACAUCCCAGCCUCCUCCUCCUCCUCCUCCUCCUCCUCC